AGGCUGUUUACUUACAAUACAAAGCUCAGCUACUUGGCACAAGUGUAUGUGCAGUUAGUGCUGGGCUGGCGGACAGGGAGAGAGGGACGGAAACAGUGACUGUGCGUCUGCUGGACUGAUAUUUUACACAAUGGUGCCAGUCAGCACAAUAAACACUGAGAAUGGGAAAGUCUCCUGUGAGACUCCAGAUGGAACCGUGAUCAACAUCAACAUUAAUCAGCGAUCUGCCUUAGAUUGUCUGCUGGACACCAUCCGGGCACUCCGGAUCAAGGCAAAAUCUCCUACACAGACAAAGCCGACCAGAGGGACUGCUCAUGGGACGUCUCUUUGGCUCGGGGCUACCUUGAUCAGCUUGGGCUGUGUCUGUGUCAUGCUGGCUGGAAUUUUAUCUGUCGCACAGCCAAGUCUGACCAUCUUCUACAGUGGAACCCACUUCUGGGUAGGAUUUACGCUUAUUGUGUCUGGCGCGCUGAGUGUUGUGUCUUACAGAUAUCCAAAGGUAUUCUGGGAUGUAAUUGCUUUCAUCAGUCACUCGGCCAGCCUUGGUGUUUCCAUUACGGGCAUGGUCAUUGCUGCUGGUGAUAACGGCAGACUUUGGUUUGACGAUAUGGGUUCUGUCUGUGACAAUCUUCGCUAUGGGAGAAACAGCUAUGACUACAGAGCGACAAGACCUCCCAGAGAUUAUUAUGGCCCAGAGUAUACUCUGGAGAGAUGCAAGAUGGGACUUCAGCAGCGCCAGGGCCUGUUGCAUAGCUUGGUAAUUAUGACCCUGCUCCUGAUGACCUGGGGCAUCUGCGUUUCUGUCAUUGGUCUGGGCUGUAGACUGAAAGCUCUGUGUUCUGGCUGCACGUGUGAGAAGCUUGUUGAAGAGAAAGAUGAUCCUCUGCUGUCCGCUGACCCUACGGGUGAAAUACUCACUGUUUAGAGAGAAGAUGAUUUCUACGAUACAGUAAUCAGCCACUUUCAUCCUCUCCAUGACAUCACAUAAAUCUUUUUCAUUACUAGAACUAGUAUAGGAACCCAGGCCAAUUAUCCUAUUGGAGUUACAGCUUAUUAAUAAGAAAGACUUGCAAUGCAAUGAAUUAUAUGGUAGCAUUUUCUCUGCUGUCACUAUUAAAAUCUAUAUUCUCUGCCAA